UUUUAGAAAACUUGAUCGUUUUAUCGUCAGAUGGUGUUAGCGUAAAAGCAGUAGGACAGCGUACAGACACCCUGAAACGGGAUCGUGUUUUUCACUGUGUAAUUUUUUCUAUUUUACCGGAAAAACGACGCACUUUCGCGAAAAUUUUUGGCCCCAGAGAUGUGAAUUAACGUUAACACCAAGAGAGGUCUCAUUUUAAACAUGUGCAAGUUUGAUAUGAAAAUUCGAGAUCUAGGGGGAAACUUCGUGCUUACAGAAAUAACGUCUGGAACUUCGCUUUCGCUCAAGUACCUUCGUACUCGAAGGUAACUCAAGGAGCCCAAUGUGGGUGGAAGUGAGAUGGCAUCCAGGGAGAAGAGACCCCUAGCGCCUUCAAAGUCAAAAUCGAAGGUGAAUAAUGAUUGUACAUUACCAACAAUCGAUCAAAAAAAUAGAAAGGGCAAAGGUCAGACAAACACAAGGCAACAACAAAUUGCUCAGGAUAUUUUAGAUGCUGUAGCUACUGGCAGUCAACUUCCUGUGAAAAUAAACGCUAGCUUGCCACGCAAGAAAGCUAUAAAAAAUUUAAGGCGCAAGCCAAAACUCAAAGCGACAAAAAGCAACCUAAUAAAGGUCAAGAUUACAAAGAAAGCACCAAUUAGGGCUCUGAGGAAAACUAACGCAGAAACCAUCAGAGCUGUUAGGGGUAGAAGGCCGAAAAAAAUUCCAGAGGAGGACAAAACUAUUGAAACUGACAUUGAAAAUCCUGAGCACGAUAACAGUGUCAACAGAACUGGUGCAAAGGGUACCUCUGGAAAUACUGUGAAAUCUGUACAUACAGCUUUGAACACAUUGAAACAUAGUCUGAAAUCCAAACAAAUUAAGUACCCCAUCAGAAGUGCAGAAGUUGAUAAUUGUAUUACCGAAAUUCCAGGCAAGGAAACCGAAGCUACUAACUCCACUGUGAUAAUUUCAAGGAACAGUCCAAAGGCUGGCAGGAAAGUUAAAAUCACUUAUAAGAAGCCCCAAAAUUUAAAUAACGAGGAUACUGAAGAGAAUACAAGCUUAGAGACCGACGCUAAAUUUAAUAAGCUUUGUAAAGCAGGAGCUAUUGGUAAAAAGUCUAUCAAAGAGAAGGAUAAUAGUCAUAAGAUCGUUGAGAGUGAGUUGAAGGAUAUAGCAGGUGCCUCAAAAAAUCUUAGACUCAAAAGAAACACUAGUAAAGAAAGAGACAUUCAGAACAAUACACGGAGUGGAAAUACGUUUGAUUUAAAAAAUAUCAAAGCAUUAUCUGAUACUAAGAACUUGGUAGAUCUUACAAUUGACGAGGUGAUUGCCUGUAAAGUUAUAGACCCGACAGGUGAAGAGUCGCAGGGAUCAGCUAAGAGGUUCAGAAAAGGGAGAAAAGUUUCCGAAAGGUUGUUGUCUGAAAGUGAAAUCAAAAAAGAACCAGAUAUAGACGAAUUGAAAACCUCUUUGCAUGAGAUUAGUAGAGAAUCUGACCAGGAGCUGCCAAAAGCAAGUUUUCUUUUUAAAGAUAUGAACCAAAGUAGUCCUGAUACUUCAAAAAACACAUUACCCAGAACAAGAUAUAAUCGCACACUGCCACAGCGAAGCCUUCGGAACGGAAAAUUGCGCAGAUCAUCAGAACUCGAAAUCAAAUUUGAAACAGAAGAUCAAAUUGGCUCUGACAGUUGUGCCGGUGAUUCAUCAAUGGAUGUUCUUGAAGUUGAUACAUUUUUUUAUGAAUCCAAUUUAGAAAGUUCACGAGAAAAUAUGAGUUCGGCUAAAGGCGAGAUCUCGACUCCUACAAAUGAAAAAGGAUUGAUAAAACACUUUGAAGAUGACGAGAACAGCGGUAUUGAAAUUGGUAAUAAUAAUAAUGGAGAACGUGGGGAUAGAACUGCUGAAGUUGGGCCAAUGUUACGCUCAAAAACCAAAGCUAAGACCACAGAUCCUACUGUGAGUGUUGAUGGCAAGCCAACUACAGAUCUAAAGAACGAAGAAAUGAAAAUAAUCACAAAGGAUGCUGGUACACAAGACGACUCAAAAAAAGGCACUGGUCUAGAACAUAUGCGUAAGGAAAAUAUUCUAGCAAAUAUUUCAGAUAAACCUAAGAGUCGCCGAAGUAGUUUAAAUGUUGAAAUGAAGAAAACUGUUGGUUCUUUUUAUGAAGCAGAUAAAUCAGAUAAUCCCAAAUCGCAGAUUGAUCAAAUGAUAGAAAACAUCAAAUUAAAUAUCGCCAAGUCAAUUGAAAGUAAAAUUUUUGGUCCAGAGAAAGGUCUAGUUUUGAAUAAAAAUUUCGAAAUGUCAAAGAUGGAAGAGAUAGUUGCACCGUUGAGUACUGAGUCACAAAAAAAAAGUCACGACGAGGAAGAGGUUGAUGCAAAUACCCCAAAUAUUUCUAAGAAUGAAAUAAACUCUGAAAAUUCAGAAAACUCUGUACCUAAGGUUGCUGAUACUGCCAAAGAAAUUGAGAAAAUGGUAAUGGGUGACAUGGAAAUAGCAGAUACACAGUCAGAAAAACGUCAAAAGACUGGCAGCGACAAUGGCAAUGUAGCAUCCGUCAGUAAUUUGAUAGAAGUCAGUAAAAAUACAUGUCAGGAUUUGGUGGAUACUAAAAAGGAAGAGCUCCCAGCAGGAAAUUGUAGCUCUCAUGUUGAAUUACUUAUGAAUGACGAGAAAAAUAAUAAGCCUACUUCAGCGGUCUCACCGAUUAUCAUUGCCAAAUUAGUAGAAUGUGAUAAGAAUACACUUAAAGCUGCUUCAGAUGAAGGAAAAAGGAGAUCCUUGAUAGUUUUGGAUAAACUAGUACAGAAUAAGAAUGCUUCAUUACCUGCUAAUUCAUCAUCAAGCAUGAAAGACACCUCUCAAUGUACAAUCAAUUACGACACGUUCAAAUCGCAGUUGAAAGAUGGUACAGACGUUUCCAGCAAUAACUGCAAUUCGAAUGUUACAGAAGGUGCAAUAUUAGCAACAACAGCUGAUGGCACUAUGAAAUUAACUAAAAUUGAAGAUGAGCUUAUAGAAAUCUCCGAAGACCUAGGCUCUCUUGUGGGUUAUGCAGCAAAUGUAAAAAAAAAUGAGACUUGUUUGAAUGCCACAAUACAAUCUGAAGAAUCUGAAACAUUGGAAAGUAUUUCCAGGGAAGUAGAGAGAUUGGUGGCUGAAAGCGAAUCAGCAGAUACAAAACCUACCAUAUCUGUCCAACAGACAACAGAUGAAGUGAUUAGAGAUGAUGUAAGCUGCCUACCAAUUGCAAGUGCAGAUGUUGGUGAAAAUCCAAAAUCGGGUUUGGAAAAUCCAAAUAAAAACGCAACUUGUGAAGACUUCAUUGACAUUGUUGACAGCGAAGUGGAAACUAACAGAUUUUUGGAUGCAUUAGAAUCCUCAUUUACUGAUUCUGAUAUUUUGAGCAUGGCCCCAGAGAUUAGUGAAGUUUUGGCUCAAAAAGAACUGUCUCAUACUGAUGCUGUUUAUUCAAAAGAGACUAUAGAUUCGAAGAAAUUGACUCAAAAAUCAGUAGACAGUGUUAGGGAUAGCAAGGGGGAUGGAAUAAUUUUUGACCACGAUGCAGCUCAUAAUUGUCAAUUAUCAUUAAAUGGUCAGGAAAACAUUCUCAGUAGUCAAAAUUUAUCUCUAACAUCAAAGGUCUCAGAUGAAGGAACGGAAAAAUCGUCAGAAAUAUCAUCUCAGAGUGUGUCACAUUUGGUACACACAAAUAAUGCUAUGGAAUCGAACAACUUAAGUGUAGAAAAAAGUUCUAACUGCGGAGAUUUCGGAGCAGUAACACAAGGGGCGUUGAUGAAUCAGAAAAAUAUUGAAAAGGACCCAGAAGUCUCAAAAGAAAUAGAUAAGAGCAAUGAAAACAAUCGAUCUUCGACUGUUUCAGGUGAAACAUCAGAAAAACGAAUGAACGACCACCAAAAAUCUUCACUUGUGGCAAAUGAGAAUUUGAAAAGCGAUGUAUCCAAUGGAGAAGGCACUAUGAAAAGAGAUUCACAACUAGAAAACACUGAAAGAAAUAUUAUUAACGAAGAGCAAUCAUCCUUAAAUGAGGAGAACAAGCGGGUAUUGAGAGCACGAGAUAGACAAAAGAAGGUGGAAUCUGGUAGAAAAUCACAAGAGACUGUUCAGAAUACAGACAUAAAUGAGAAAACACAUCUAACAAAACAAGUAGACUUGCAAAGGAUUGAUAAUGGUCAAGAAUCAAAAUUGAGUAAUCAGACUAAUUCUAAUCGUUCAUCCAGCACGGAUGAAAUUGAAAAAAUUGUUGUAAAACAAGAACCAAUUGAAAAAGGCGCAGCUUCAGGACCAUUAAUUCGAACCCGACGUGGUCGGGAGGUCAAAAAACGCAAGGAUGAACAACAACAAGUACAGAACGUUGCAAAAACGAAACGUAGUAAAAGAGAUAACAAGAAAUCAGACCAACAGAAUAAGGAAGAAACUCUCUUAGACAACGAGGUGGCAAAAAUAAACGAAAAUACUCAGUCUUUGGCAGAAAAAUAUCAAAAAACAUUCAAAUCAAGUGGGAAUUUCAGAGGUUUUUCAGAAGGUGGCUCUAAAAACAUAUUUGGCUCUAACAAAAUCCGUAAGAGUGACAAUGAUCGUAGCCAUUCAGAGACUGACUUGGAAAGUGUAAAAUUCGAGAUGGAAAAUGUUGUGCUUUAUAAGAAACAGUCAGACAACCUCACUACGCUAUCUGACCAAAUCCAAAGCGAGUCUAGAAAUUCGGUAACUUCAGAUAAUGGGAAAAAAAUGAUUGACCAUACCUCGAAAACACCCGAAACAUUGCAUAAGGAUUUAGAUGAGACCUCAACCUCAAGUGAAUCAUCUGGCAGUGCUGCAGUAACUCCCAAAAUCCUGGAAACUCCUGAGGACAAGGCAAAGAAGGAGUCAAUUCUGAGGCUUCUUGGCUUGGAGUCAUUAGAGAAGGCAGCAGAACGUAUGAAUCAUCAGAAAGCUAAAAAGGAACAGUAUACAGGGACCUUGAAGACUGUUAUAAGGGUUCAAAAAGAAAAGGACAAGAAGCGAUCGCGAUCCCCAUUGAAAAUGGUUCUGAAACAAGGACGCAGUGAUGGAGAUGGGGACUCACCUGAAUUCUAUACUAUCCAAAAGGAGCAAAAUUUAUUUUUUCAGCUUGGAACCAGCGGCUUAGGUGACAGCAGCUCCGGUGCGAACCGCAAGUUCUCUACUAAUCACAGACAUUCUUGCGAUGAAGAUCCGGAGGAAUCACCGUCAAAGGAUCGACAGUCCCUUGUUAUUCCAGAAAAAUCUUCAUCAUUUUCCAUACAUCCAGGAAGGUUGUGUGCAGAUGUAUGCUGCUAUUGCUUCGGAAAGUUUGGUUCAUUAGAUACACCAAUGCACCUGGCUACAAUGAAAUCUGACGAACGACGUAAAAAGAUUUUGAAUGUUGAGAGGCAUCUAACAAAGGAUUCGUGCCUUUGCGAUGCUUGCUAUCGCCACGUUGAUAGAAAGGCGAAUACCAGUCCUACCAACAUGCAAAGUAAACCGCAAAGGCAACAUCGGCAAUUGAUGGUAUCUAAAUGUACUGCGAGAGAAUGCAGAGAACCAGCAAGACAUCACGUAAAGCGACGAUGGCUACUCAAAAUUAAAGCUGGACUGCAAAAUCAGGUGGACAUAGACUGGGAAUCAAGCCAGCAUACUUCGAUGUCUUUUUGUGUGAACCACUACUCAAAGAUUGAAAGAUUUCUAACAUGUGCUCUUUGCAAGCGUCGACUAGCCAGAACUCACACACAUCAAUUAGUUGCUGCUGAAACUGAAGAAUUGAAUGAACGACUUAGACAACAGGGGAUACCAGUUCCCCUUUCAGUUGGUACUUUUGUCUGUAAACUCUGUAGGUAUUUUACCCAGCUGCAACUGAAGUACAAAGAUAUUGAAAACAUGAACGCGAACCACAAGUCUUUCUUCAAGAGUUAUCGGAAACGUAUUCUACACUACCACGAUAUUGAAAUACUGGAGAACGAAGAAGACGAUUCGUCUUCCCAGAACCAGCCUGCCAAAGACAAGGAAAAACGAAAAAAGUCGAAAUGUGGACAAGGUAAGAGUGGUAGCUCUAAGUCCCUUGAUAGUGCCCAGAAUUCCACAUCUGAAAAAUCAACACCUGAACCGAAUAAAAAUGACGGAAUCAACUUCGAAACAGAUAAUGAUAGCUUUGGCAAUCGUAAUUUAACGAUUGGAAAGAGCCUGAAUCAAGAUCGACCUGACAUUCAAAUUCUGAAUGUUGAGGAUUCGAUAGAAAAUCUUAAAAAGCGGAAAUCUGUUGACCUACAAGCCUUCAAUAGUAGCUCUAACAUUACCAGCGAAAAUACGAAUGAUCUUGUUGAGAUACUAGCUAUGGACAAAGAAGUAACUUUGACGAGGCUACCAAAAAGGGCAAGGACAAACAGUGAUAUCACUCCUGUUGUUCAAAGAUUAGGGGCAAAUCCUUCAAUCAGUGUUCGUACACUAUUCCCUGGAGAAGAAGACAUGAAUUUACAUGCAAAUGUUGAAUUUAACAACGUCCGUGAGGUUACGCCUCAAGGCUGGGAGAAGUGUGCCACCAUGAUACAGUAUGACAGAGAUACCAAACUACUUUGGCAAGAAUUACAAAGACCAUAUGGCAAUCAAAGCUCAUUUCUUAGACACUUGAUACUUCUGGAAAAGUAUUACAGGUCCGGUGAUCUGGUGUUAGCCCCCAAUGCAUCUCGAAAUGCAAUUAACUACUCGACGUCUGUUCAGAAUCGGUUAAUAUCUUAUGAGGGACCAGAAAAGGUCGACGAACCAAUUCUGGAACCAAUUUCAUCAGAAUUUGCCAAUCCACGGAGAUUGAGCGGGGGUUUCAUGAUGGAGAGAGAUAGACUUUCCAUACCCAGUACUAGUUCUUACCCUACAUUAUCAACGAUGAAUUCUAUUAAUCAGAGUUCGCAGUCCAAUUCAUCGAAAAGAAGUCCACCACAUAUUUUGAAAUUAAAUACAGGUGUGUCCAUCAUAAAAAAACCUCCACCAAACUUACAUCGCUUAAAUUUGCCUUCAACGAGUACAGGCACCACAAAUAAUGCUAAGCGUAAAGACAAUAGACUGCCUGUGACGUCUGGUGGUAAAGUGUUCCAGUUGAGCGAACCUGAAUACAAAAAACUGCAGAACUUGAAAAAGCAGAAGCAAAUGCUUAGUGAGAAGCCAAUGCCACCAAAUGUUAACAUGGCAACAACUAGCAGCGGCUCUGUAUCUCCAUCAAACCUACAUAACAGACCAGCAACUCAAUAUCAGAAGGCACAAAUAGCUGCACAGACGCAAUUUCAGAAACAUUUGCGAAUGCAGCAGGAAAUGCUCAGCAGACAAAGCAGAAGUGAUUUCGAACCACUGAUUUGUGACGUUCGGUCAUUAUCAAACGAAAACAGCCCGACACAAAAUUUGAUAAAUAAUCUAAACUUACCAAAAUCAAUCCAAGUUACUACAAAACCUCCGAACACGAUUCCAAUAAUGCCAAAAAUUCCAAAAUCUCUGACCGUGAUACCACAAACGAUCACCAGACCUACUGAUAAAUAAAAAAUUGAAAUAAUCAAUUUAUUAAUUUGCACCACUUUUUGGGCCACGUUAUGCAUCAAAAACUUUAUCAUGACAAUUUUAUAUUGUAGUGAAAAAAUGAGAAUUCUCUCUUGAAGUAACUUAGAUUAUUACCACUAGUUGCUUUACACCUUUCUAGAAUACAGUCAAAUGAGUUUCGUCUGGUUAUGGUCAAUCAAUUGGAUUUACACAUAUUAUUUAUUAUCUAGAGUGUUGAAAAUUUUCUUUAUCGAUAUAUGUAUAGUACCAUUGAGCCUUUAAUAUUUUUGCAUUAUUAUAUAUUAUCAACCGCGUGUACUGCGAUUUUUAUUAGUUGUACAGUUUUUUUAUUUUUUUUUUUCUAAUAUGUUUUUUUUUUGUAGUAGAUGAGAAUGUAGGCUAAGAGAGCGCACUUCUUUAUUUUCACCAUGUUCUAUGCAAUACUUGAUUUAUUUGAAUGCAUAACAGGGACUGAUUAGGCCUGCGUUAACAGCGGAUUAGAAAUUUGAAAUUCCGCGUUGUAAAAUAUUCGAAUUGUUGAAUUCAGAUGGAUAAUGAAAUAUAGCCUUUUUUACCAGAUAUAAAAUUAUCACAACGUAAUGGUGAAUUAGUCACUGACUUUUAGUGAAUCAGAUAUUCGAAGAAUUUACCCAAUAUAUAGUAGACAAAGAACAAACGGUUUCGAGGUCCGAACGUUUCUCAAAUACCCGAAUAUUUCGAGAAUUCGCAAAGUCUGCAAGUAAUAUUUACAAUAACGUAUUGUGCAACGUUUAAUAUAUAUCUGUAAAAGAAUGAUUCUGCAGAAAUGAAUCGAAUAUUCUAGAAAACAAAUUUGCAGAUCGUAAAGAUUAAUUAGAACAUUUGAAAACAUUCAAAUGGUUAUACAGGCCAAGCAGUGAUACUAAAUAAAUAUAAACGGUCCGGUAAAUCUUAUGUUAUUCUAGCACAAGACCUUACACUACUGAAUAUAUCAAUGUUCAUUAUGAAAAGUGCCUAAACAUUGUGAGAACAUGAUAGUUAUUAUCUACCUAAUACGCUAAAAUGACUUACGACGGUAUAUAUAAAUAUUAGUUAUUACCUAAACAGAACCAUAUCAGCGCUACCUAAAUCAUUUUUUUACGUGUAUAAUUUAGGGUGAAAGUGUGAGGAAAGAGUGUUGGAUGUCACCGAGCAGAUUGCUUUGCGAACUAAGUUUCCUCUACCCUCGUGUUGCCUUAAUCAACCCCUAUUAAAAGUAACCCAUUAAUUGCGCUAUUAUUAAUUUAAUUUUUUUCAUCAAUUUUUCACCGAGCUCUAGAUCUGCUACAUGAAAUGAUUUAUCAAAUUGUUGAGAGUAUCAGUAUGCCAUCAUGUCUGUGCGACCACUGGUUUAUUUUUGCUUAAUAUCCAGCACUCUUGUGCGUAUUAUCUAUACUCUUAGAUUUAGAAGAAUGAUUAGCCUUUUAUCUUUUAAUUAUAUAGACUUACACAUUACACCACACACACACACACACACGCGCGCAUAUAUAUAUACACACAAAAUAAUGCGUCUCAAGCGAGGAGCAUAAUAGUAAUCUGUAAUUACGAAAUGAAAUUAAGUAUAAAUAGUUAAUUCAAUUUUAGGACAUGCGUUGAGCUUAUUUAUUAUAACAUAAUUAUAAUGUACAUAAUUAAUAAAUAAUAACGAUCAUAAUUCGCGUAAGAUUCCUUAGUUUUAUUAAAAGUGGUAAUAUAAAAUGAACAGUUUUUGAGACCCAUGCUGCACGGCAAUGAUUGACAUUUGCCACCAUUAAGAAAUUAUCUGUCCUUGAUAAAGGGUAUUCCUGAUACUGCGAUCACUAACCACUUACAAUGCUUUUUUUAUGCAGUUAUCUCAAAAGAGUGUGAAUCAAUUUUCAUAUAAAUAGUGUGCAUACAAUUUGUAUAUAGUGCAACCGGCAUAAAAUUUCUGCCAGAUACGGUUCAUUUACCACUUAUGCGUUAAAGCAUCGAUUUGAAUAAAAACUGCCUAUGCAUGGGCCUGAAGCCUGUCUACUAAGUGAUAGCUCAACUGUUUAGCAGCAGCUAAGUGUGUAAGGAGAGGGUGUCGGAUUUCAAAUUAAAUGAAAAGAACUGUUUGAGCGAUCAUUAUCCAUUUUUUUUUUUAAUCUGUGUAUUUUGUAAAUACUGUUACUGAGUAAUACUGACUUGUAUUAUGGCAUAGAAGUUUUCAUUUGCUAUAUUUGAGAUUAUUUUCAAGAACACAAAAUCUGCUUAUAUCUAUUGCAAUGAGUCUUUCCCCCCCCCCCCCCCCCCCCCCAAGUGCCACUCUAUUACCCAAUCAGAUAUAUUAAAUUUUGCACGGUGUAAAAAGUUUUCCAUGAUAAUUCACAUAAAGAAGCGUAUUUAUGUAAGUAUGGAGAAAUCAAUCUAAGGGCUGUGUAACAUUUUGUAUCGACUUUAUAUAAUACAAGGUGCAAAGUUUGAAUCAUUGAUUGACAUACCAAAACAUAUGAGAUGUAUCCAUGUGUAGAAGAUCUGAAGUAUAAGUAAGAUGUAAGUUCCAAGAUGUUGAUGUGUUUUAACAUCGACGUCAGUUUUUCAAGUAGAUUUGACAAAUUCCUUUCUAUUAUCCAUACUCUUGCAAUAGGACAGAAACAUAAUUUCGCGUACUGUGUACAAAUUAUUUAUCAGUAAGGUUGAGUUCUUGAAGUUUCAUCUGUUAUUUGGCACUCUUUAUCCUCCGUUUUUGUGGAUUACAAAACAGCAAGUAGUUCAGGAAACUUUGAAAAAGUUAAACAGAAAAAAUAACAAGAAAAUGUUACAACGGAAUAUUGCAGCAACCUACAUAUAUGAAAGCUACUAAUUACAUGUAACAGAGUGUAAUACAAUGCAAAGUAUAUAAAUAAUACAUUAUACAUAUAAAUUCUCUAUUUUACUAAGGAUAUUUUUGAUAUAUAUAAAUAUAUUAUAUAUAUAUAUAUAUCGAAUUCAAAUUAAUUAUUGCAAACGCUCGAUAAUCAGUUAUUGUUGUUAAAGGACAGUUAUGUCUCAGAGUUUAAGGAAGAGAGAGAUACCGGCAAAGUAGACAGUGAAAUUCGACUCUUCCGCAAAAAAUAUGAUGUAACUACAUACAUUUGCGCAAAGAUGCACGACAAAGUAUUGGGAAUAUUGUAUCAAGUGUAUAAUUCCUGCACCUCUCAUCAGAACAUAAAUUUUGUGGUUUGGCCUGAAAUUCAGACGAGCAUCCUGAAUUAGAGGGUAGAAUUUUGUUCCAUUGUAUAUUUUUCUCGGUAUCUCAUACUCAUCCUUGUGUUACACACUUAGGUCGUAUGAUAGAUCUACGAACUAAGCUUAAGUUUUAAGAAUUCUAUUUUUCUGGUGGCAGAGGGUAUAUCUAUUGUAAAAGGACUGAGGAAAAUGAUAGUGACGUUAAACAGGUGUUGUAAAGAGUGAUAUAGGACACUUUCUAAGGGCUUUAUCCAGAUUUAAUGGUAGCAUCUAUUUAAGGAAGGCUGAAACCAUGAAUCUUUCAAAUAUUCAUCUAUAAUCAAUCCCAAAUUUUCUUCGAAUAUUCUUCAACAAUAAGUUUUGAAGUAGCUCAGUAUCGGCUGUUCGAGUGUUGUUCCUAAUCUUUGAUCGUUUAUCUUGUAUAACAUAACAUAUGUAUAUUAAAUCAUCAAACUUGCAAUAAAAUUUAUCGUGUUAAUUUUCACUUUUUUUUGUAAUUUCCAUUGAUGCAUAUCGCGCGCGAACAUAUUAAUUACUUUUAUCGUCUUCCACCAAAGUGUCUUGUAUUACUCAAUGCUGCAUGUGUGUUGUAUAUUAAAAAGAAUAUAUGAAUGCAAAAAAAGAUGAGAAAAAAGAUAAUAAUUUGAAUCCCAUGCAUGGUUAGAGGCUGGAGAUAUUUUACAAGCAAUAAAAAUGUCAUUGCUAUUUGAAAAGUAAUAUUUACUUGUGGUCUGUUCAUUCACCGACUUAAAUAUUUUUGGAAAUUUAUAAAAGUCGCAAUAAGGAUUAGGUAUUUCACUGCCAAUUUGAU